AUGAGGGGUGGUUUCGAGAGGUUCGAGCUCUCGGGACCAUCAGAAGAGGAAUGUCCGCUUAAUUAUUGGCCAAAGAACAGUACUCUCGACAGUCCGGACAAACAUCGCCUAAUGUCGGUUUGUUCUGCUUGUCACUUGGAAAUUGUCGAUCGUUUCAUAUUGCGAGUCCAUCCUAACCUAGAAUUUCACGCUUCGUGCCUCAAGUGUUCCGAGUGCUGCAGACCACUUGACGAGUCUUGCACGGCUUUCGUACGCAAUGGCGUCACCUACUGCAGAGAAGACUAUUUCCGGUUGUUCGGCGCGAAAUGCAAUCGUUGUGAUUUGCCGUUUGAUCGAAACGAACUGGUGAUGAGGGCCAGACAUGCCGUCUACCAUGUUGCGUGUUUUUCAUGCGUUGCUUGUGAGCGUCUACUCAAAACCGGAGACGAGUUUCAGAUUAAAGGCAAUUUGCUUUACUGCAGAGCAGACUGCGAAGCUGGAAAUGUGCCUGAGCCAUCGUCCAUUCCGACGCCGUCAAUGUUCACCAAUGACGACUCGUGGGAGACGUCUACGAUGACAUCGUUAGACCCCACUAAUAGUCCACCACUCUCUGUACGCUCUCCAAAAUCGGAUGACAUGAAUACUCCACAGAACAAUGGCUUUCAUAACACAAGCGGUUCGUCAGGAGGCUCGUCUGGGAAGAAGAAAAAAGACAAACAGACGACAAGGGUACGAACGGUGCUCAACGAACAUCAGCUGUCAAUUCUAAAGAAAUGCUACGCUCUGAAUUCUCGACCUGACGCUCUACUCAAAGAACAACUAGUUGAAAUGACUGCGUUAAACGCAAGGGUUAUACGUGUCUGGUUUCAAAACAAGCGCUGUAAGGACAAGAAACGGCAGAUUCAGAUGAGAGAUAUGGCUGUGAACGCCGAGAAGGAUGGCAAGAUGGUACCAGCACCUGGCGACGACCAGUUCCAAUUUAUGACAGCGAGAAAUCAUCCCUCGUUUGCUGCGAUAGGACGUCUCAAAUGGGAAUACACCAUUUAG